AUGGAUAAGCUUAACUCAAGAAUCACCGAAUUAAAAGAAAAUUUAGAUAAUAAUCACUCCAAAUAUUAUGAAUUGAAACGCUUACAUGAUUUAGAAAAACAAAAAUCAAUUGAAAAAGAGUAUGAACUCAAAGCUUUAAAAAGUAAAGAAACUCUAUUAACUGAGAGAUUUGAAAGAAGAAAUGCAACUUUUAAUAAAAAUUCAGAAAAUUUAAAACUCAAUGAAGAUAAAAUUCAAAUAUUAGAGGAUUUAGUUAAAAAUUUAACUAAUGAUAUAACUGAAGUUGAAAAAAAAUUUGAUGAUUUAACUUUAGAAAAUAUUAAAAUAACUGAAGAGUUAAGAAAGAUUAAUCAAAUGAUACAAGGUAUUUAA